GCUGCUUUCAACGGUGCCACUUGCUCAUUGCCCUUUGCCAUUUGCUUGCAUUAACUCGCCGCUAUGCUCUCUAACGCUCGCGCCGCUGUCAGCAAGGUCCACACGUCCAGCGCUGCUGUAGCGCCCGCGCGGCCAGCUCGCGUGAGCCAUAUCGUCCGCGCUUCGGACAAGAAGCUCGAUGAGCGGGGAGUGAUUGCGAAGGACAACAGCGGCCGCCAAAACAUCUUCCCCACCAGCAGCAAGGCCUACUACAGCAGCCCCACGUCCUCGGCUGUGGCGUCCUCGGGGCUGGGCGGCCAGCAAGGCCUGGGCGUGCUUGCCGCCGCCUUCGCCAUCGUGGCGCUCGCGACGGCCGGCGUUGUGCUCAAGCAGGGCGAUGAGACCCUGGCGCAGGUGAACAACGCCUACCAGGGAGACUCCCUGACCGUCAUCUCGUCCCGCAUCGCCGAGUCGCUGUGAAGCGUGUGAGCCAGCGGCAAAAUGAGGUGGCGCCCGGCCAGGUGCUCUCGCGAAGGCACCUUGCCAGUCCGCAGCACGCUCGGCGCGGCCGUAGAAAGAGCUUGAGCAUGAGGUUGCUGGCGUUGCUGGAGGUCUUGGAGUGACGUGCCGGGCGUGCGUGCUGCGUCCUGCCUGCCGGCAGAGCAGUGCGGCUAUGCUGGGGCCUGCGCGCAUGUGCGGCUGGCGGUGCCUGUGCGGAUGCUGUGAUGUUUUUGUUCGUCUCGUUUUGGGCGCCGGUUGGUGUUGCCUUGUAGUAGUAUAGCAGUGUAUUGCAGGCCCGGCACGACGACUUCUUGCGAUAGUAGUGUUGCCGGGUGUGCACCUUGACUGGUGGGGUACCUGUACCAUGCGAACGGGUAUAUCCCACCCCGUGCCAAUCGAUUCUUGUAAAUUCAAUCCGAUGCGGCCUGCGGGUUCAUGGCAGCUGGGCGGCAGGUGUGUUGCGACGGGUAUGCAGGGCCCGUUCAUCCCUGGCGUGGAUGCCCCAUCGUCCGCGCGGAGGUGGUAGCCGGUCGGUCACUGGUUGUCGGCUGGGAGGGUGAUGUCAGCGCCCAGCACUUGCGUCAGCGGACACGCACGCACACUGUAGCACGUGGCACCCCUGAGUAUUCUUUGCCAGUAAACGCUGGGAGUUGAGGCUCAAAUGCUCAAUCCAGGCUUGCUAGCUACGGUACAUGAGACUGCCCAGAAGCAAUCACG